GGCAAAUCGUACAAGCGCUCUAACGCUCAUCAAAUAACAUUGCUCAGAAGUGCCCUUCCGCUGUGCUUCCAAAUUCUAUAAAUCAAACAAGGUGGCCAACGCAUAACCCUGAACUAGCAGAUUUAGAUGCCUAUCUUUCAACAGGACAAUACAGUGGGAUCUACCUUGGAACUGGUAAACCCGCUAGACUCCCUCCCAAACGAGCUGAUGGCCAAGAUAUUUGGCGUCGGGAUAGAGCUGGACCGCAGAAAUGAGCUGCCCCGCGCACUGAUCACCUAUUGCAGUGUCAGCUCGCGAUGGCGAGAAAUUUGCCAACACUCUUCAGAACUCUGGACGGACGUCAGAAUUCCUUUACGCCAUACUCGCCCCAAAGGAAUUAUUGCCCGGACCACGACCCAGCUCGAAAGGUCUAAUCCUCGUCCAUUUGAUCUUACUCUCACCAUUCCUCCGAUCAUGCCUACAGUGGACCUGUUUGACGAACCUCAGGAUGAGUUCGAGCUAAUUCGCGACAUUCUAUCUGUGCUUUCUCCACAUCUUCCUCGCAUGCGGAGACUAUCUUUCAUAACAGAGCUACCUUAUUAUGCCCGUGAGGUUACUUUUACUUGCAGUCGCCUUGCAGCAUUCGAGGCCCCCCAGCUCUCCCAUAUUCAUCUUCAGUUUGGCGUACUCGGUAUAAGCGAGUUUCUUGUCCCUAUGGAUCGCAUCAUUCCAAUGCUUUUCAAAUCUGUACCACGCCUGAAACACCAGCGCGUCUACGGUGUUGACAUACAGUAUCCGUUACAUGGAUUAACUUCACUGCACUUAUCUCAUCUACUUCCUGAUGAGACGAAUUUUCGCUACCUGUCGAUUAAUUCGCCUGCCCUCGAAGAACUAUGUCUGAUUUCAUUAUACCCAAUGGCCCAUGCAGCCAAACCCGUUCAAUCAAAGAUCUCUUUCCCUGCUUUACGCUCACUGAGAGUGAGUUUUGCACGACGGGCGUUCGCCUCCGGAACCUGCAUCUUAGCGCUCAUGUCGCCUCCAAACCUCACCUCUCUUGAAAUCCGGGGAUUUGCCUUCCCGGAUUCCUUGAACUCCUUCCCUGAUUCUUCAUUACUGACUCAGUUGCACACUCUGCGCCUCGAACAGGUCAUAUUCACGAGUCCUAAUUCGUUCGAUGUUCCCUUGCACGAUGCGUCGUUCUAUCUGGGCCUUACCGCAGUUCGACAUCUCCAACUUAUAAAUACUCCACCGCAGUCUCUGUUUCCGGAACCAGAGGCAAAAGUGAAACCUCUUUUGAGGGCCCGCUCGGGUGACUUCAGAGAACGCUUAGAUGUUAGCCGCCGAGAGAGCACAUUACAUCCACCAGUUCUAGCGAAUGAACUGGACUCAAGUGUGCUUUCAAAACACAAGGGAGAGCUCUUUCAGCUACUAUUUUCGCCAGAGGACACGCCCAAAUCGAAGAGCUCCAUUGUAUAUACCCAUUGGCCAAAUCUGACCACCAUUACAUUGGAUACAAUACGCGCAAAGGAUGUGUUGUGGCUUUGUGAACUGGUCGCAGUGCGCCCUGAAGUUGAAACAGUCCACCUUUCGCGCUCUGCCAAGCGACAUUUAGCGUCCAGUCUGACAAUGUGGAAAGGCGAGAAGAAGGACAGGUUCUCCUCUUGGGACAUUGAUAUGGAGAGGAAGAACUUGGUAAGAAGAAGGCCUGAUGUCGAAAAGGGGGACAUGGAUCCUGUUGGAUGGUUAGAACAGCGCGUAAAGGUGUACGAACUCGAAUCUGAUACCAAUGGUCCAUGGUAAAGCUUUACAAGUCACUUCAUUUACUACGAAAUCGUAGAUUGUAGAUUAUAUCACGCGGAAUCACGACU